CCCGGCUCGACGGUGGAGCAACAGCAACAGUGCCCGGGCAAUGCAAUCGAUGCGGAUUGCUGGGCACCAUCGUUGUGGAUUAAAGCGGUCACACAUGAUGCUUCACGCUUGAAUGCUGACUGGUUAGGUCAAGCUUCCUCAUCUCGUGCCGCAUGUCUCUAUCUGCUGGUAUGCCGGACCUCUGCACGAUCGUUUCUACGCAUUCUAAUCACGGUGGCCGGUGAACGUGAAUGGUAUCGGGGCUUGUAUCUCCUCUCCCAAGUAGUCAUUGUUCCUGACCUGGUGUUUGCCGAUUCGCCUAGUGCCUUGGCGAACAAAAAGACGAAACCAGGCCAGACAGUAAAAAAUCGACAAAAAACCCAGUUGAUUAUGGACGUGGGGAACGCAUUCGGUGCGUUGACGAUGACCGCCAACGAAGCAUUUUUGCGAUCUCUACGGAAUAAGGGUUUGAAACACGCGGCCCUGCUGGGUCCGGUUCGAGCGCUCACAGAGACAGCUGCUCGGGAUGACGAGUGA